ACUUUCCUUCCUUUUUAAAAAGGACUCUAACUUCCUCGGUGCGUGCAGACCUGGAAAAGGUAGCAAGCAGGACGGUGCAGUCCGGGAUCUCUUGGGUAAGAAAUGGCUCCUAAAACCAUCAAACACGCGUUGAAGGACACACUGGAAGACCUGUCACAGCAGAACUUUAGAAAGUUCUGCAGCCACCUUCUAGACCGCAGAGAGGAGCCUCGGGUCAAACUCAACAGGGUGGAGGGAAAAGACUUUCUGGAUGUCACAGACGUCCUGGUUUCAACUUUUACCGAGACCAGAGCUCUUCUGGUGGCCGUGGAGCUAUUGAAACAGAUUGGCUGCACCGAAGAAGCAACCAGACUCGUUAAAGAAACUGGACAACCCUCAAAGCCUGAUUCCAGUGACACUGCAAAACCCUCCUCUGGAGCAGCUGGUGGAAGUACAAUGGCAGGAGCUGGGAGUACAGAGAAGCACUUCGUGGACAAACAUAAACUUGAGCUGAUCCAGAGAGUGGGCAACAUUGCACCCAUUUUGGAUGAGCUCUUAGACGAUGAGGUCAUCCAACAAGAACUAUAUGAUAAAAUCAGCGUUAUUCCUAUCACUCAGGACAAGAUGAGGGCGCUUUACUCAACUUGCCUGAAAGCUAGCAACAAAUGUAAAGACAUCUUCUAUGCAAGCCUUCAGAAGAAUGAGCGGUAUCUCAUUGAAGACCUCCAGGGAAAGGAGUAAAUGUCAUGAUGAAAUCCAUUUUUAGACCAAACAUGAAUUUUCCACCUGAACACAAAAUCAGUUUUAUAUAUCAGUGGUGAAUGUUGAUGCUUUGUCUCUGUGGGUGUUUUCUAUUUGGGUUUUUUAAUGUUUAACAGAACUGUUGAUCUAAAUGUUUUGCUUAAAUUAAGUGAAAAUUGUAUGGUGUUCAGUGCCUUCCCUGUCCUGAUCAGCGAGGCUCAUUUAAUCACUUGAUUUUUAACAAAACUCUCAUCAUGAGAUUUUAUUGUCAGGUUUUAACAAAUGUAAACAGUGAAAUUGAAUUUGCAGAAUUAUUAGCCCUAAAGUUUGCAUGUAAAUCAGGUUUCAAAUUUUCAUUUAUGUCAAACAUGCUAAAAGAUUCUUUUUUAAAUAAAUCACUUUAAUUCUGUGCAGUAAGAAUCUGUUGUUGGGGCUUCAUUCAAGAUGUUUUCUAUUUUGAAAUAUAUAAUAAAAUUUCAUGAUUUCUGUU